AUGUCACGUGUUGAAGAAAAUGCAUCGAAGAGUCCGCAAGAUAUUUACUACAUACCACAUCAUCCUAUAAUAAAAAGCGGUGCAUUAACUAGCAAGUUGAGAGUAGUGUUCGACGCAUCAGCUCUAUCAGAAUCAGGAGUGUCGCUGAACAAUAAACUAUUAGUCGGGCCUCAGUUGCAAGAUACAUUAUGUGACUUAUUACUAAAGUUUAGAAUGCAUCAAUAUGUAUUAACUGCUGAUUUAGAAAUGAUGUAUCGACAAAUCCUUGUGAGAAAACAGGAUAGAGAUCUUCAAAGAAUUUUAUGGAGGUCAAAUAGCAACGAAGAAAUUCAGAUAUUUCGUUUGAAUACGUUAACAUAUGGUACUUCUUCAGCACCCUUUCUAGCGGUCAGAUGUUUGAAGGAGUUAGCAAUUCAAGAGGCUGACACUCAUCCUACAGCUGCAAAGGUGUUACAAUGUGAUUUUUAUAUGGAUGACCUGCUCACGGGGACGCACACUGUAGAGGAG